UCCUGCCAUCCUGAGGGUGGGGGGCAGAAGAAAGGGUCUCUUCGUAUGGGCAGGGAGAGGUACCAAGGUGCCAAGCCAGCCCAGGACGGCCUCUUCCUGGCCCAGUCAGAGCCCCUGGGCCUGAGAAGCUCUGACUCUUGUAAGGGGCAUCGCUUUGCCCUUUCUCUGCCUCUAGCACCCAGGGCGGCUGCAGAUGGCAGUGUCUCUGGGGACAGCAGCUGCGACUGAGUCCUCGGGCCGACGCUGAGCUGCCCAGGCCAAGGUGGUGUGCUCAGCACAGAGCUCCCGGAACAGACAUCUGCAGGCCGCGAGGGCUGGAGAUGAUGGGAGACCCUGAACUCUGCUCCACAGAUCCACAGCUUUGCAGCUGAAAUGGCUUCUGCUCAGCCUGAGUACCACAUUCUCAGGUUUAAGUUGCAAGGAGACUGGGGCCCUGCUUGGGGCCAGGGGAGGAAGCACAAAUCACCUUGGCUUCAGUCAGGCUAGUUUGCAGCAGCCUCCCCGCUUGGGGUCCCCUUCCCCACCUCCCCCAACCCAGGCAGCACCAGGCAAAUCUGAACUCUGUCUUUGGUGCUCCAGAAAGGCAGCGGGGCAGGAGGGCGCUGUGCCAGCCCUGACUUUGGGCCAUUAGCACACUCUUCAUUUUAUUCCUCCAUCAAUAGGGCACUUGAGACAUUGUGUGUCCUUCAGAACAGCCAGUGGGGAGCCUGGGGGGCAGGGGAGGGGCUCUGGAUGGAUGCAGGACUGAGAGGUAGCAUCUCUCCCUUCCCUGGGUCACAGCCCACCUCGCAGACCCACCUGGAAGUGGGGGGACAGAGGAAUGGGAGUUUCGAGACAGAAGUCCAAGAAGCUGGGGCUUCUCUUCAGCCUGCUCUGGAGGUCACUUCAUCCAUCCCCUUUCUCCCCUCCCCAGAAGCCAAGGUGCGCCUCUGCUCAUUUCACUCUGCUCAGGUGUCUUUCCCCACCCUGGAGGACUCAAACCUUAGGAUAUCGCUGGGGUUUGGGGUCCAGCUCUGUCACUACCCAGCUGGGUAACCCCAGGCAAGUUAGUGAACAUAUCUGGGCUUUUGUUUCUUCACCUGUAAAAUGUGGACAGGCCUGUUGUAAGGUUUGUGAAGGCAUUCUUUUGUGUGUGUGUGUGAGGAAGAUUGUCCCUGAGCUAACAUCUGUGCCAGUCUUCUCUAUUUUGUAUGUGGGAUCCCCCACAGCAUGGCUUGACAAGUGGCGUGUAGGUCCACACCUGGGAUCUCAAACAGGAGGCAAAAAGAUUCCAGGGAAAAUGAAAGCAUAUACAAAGAUGGGGACUGCAUGUUAUGCAGGUGCACGUAGGUGACUGACAAGCAGUUCCAUAUGAUGGCACAUAGGGUGGGAGAUGAGGCUGAGGGGGUUGGCAGAGAGCAGAUGUGGGCACUUUGGGGCCAUUCUGAGGAGUCUGGGUGUGUACAGGUUUGUGAAGCACCUUUCAUUUUCCUGCCUCCCUGCCUCCCGUUCACCGGAAGUAACCAUGGUUAAUACUCACUGAGCGUUGAUUCUGUACCAGGUGGUGUUGUGCUAAAUGCUCUGUAGGUACUGUCUUGCUAAACAUUCACAGUGACCUUGAGAAGUGGGUUCUAUUUCUAUCCCAAUUUUACACAUAAGGAAACUGAGGCUCAGAGAAUAAGAACGAACUGCUGUGUAGCACUCAUUAUGUGCCAGGCACUGGUUCUGAGCAUUUUACAUAAAUUUACUCAUUUCACAGUCACAAUAGUCCUGAGACCUAGGAACUAUUUUCAUUCCCAUUUUACGGAUUUGGAAACCAAGGCCCAGGUUUUUUGGGCUAGCGCCUGCGUCCAUACUCUUAUAAUUAUGAGAUUGGGCGUGGGCCUGAAUUCGGGAGCCUGUGUGGACCCUGUUGACAUCAACCAUGUCCCCUGGGGAUGGGCGUUUGUUCAUCAGGCUUUCACUAAGCCACACCUGGCCAGGAUGUGCGGGUGGCCGGGGACCCACUCAUCUGUGAAGGGCCUGGCCCACGGCAGCCUCUGCAGCUGCGCAGUCAGAGCCGGGAGGGGCGGCUCAGGGGAGGCAUUGCCCAGGCUGUCCUUUACUGAGUGCCCUGAGGGAUCAGUCACCUCAUUGAAUCCCCGCUGGGACUUGCACAGAGGCUCUGUUAGUGUCCCCUUCCACAGGGGACGACCCCGAGGCCCAGAGAGGUUAGGCAACUUGCCUGAGGGCACACAUGCUGGAGAGGGACUGAGCCAGGUGGGCUUUCAGCUACAAGCCUCCAUCUCAGAGGCCAAGGCCGCCGCGAUGCCGCACUUCCUGGACUGGUUCGUGCCUGUCUACCUGGUCAUCUCCGUCCUCAUCCUGGUGGGCUUCGGCGCCUGCAUCUACUACUUCGAGCCAGGACUGCAGGAGGCGCACAAGUGGCGCAUGCAGCGCCCCCUGGUGGACCGUGACCUCCGCAAGACACUGAUGGUCCGUGACAACCUGGCCUUUGGAGGCCCCGAGGUCUGAGGUGACCACCUCCGGUGGCCGGGCUGGGCGGUGGGCACCGGGCACCCUCUCCCACCCUUCACAGCCCGGAGACCCUGGGACAGAGGGAAGACAACGACUCCUGGUCCUCCAGGCCGUCCCUCGGUGGCCUGGGCCCUCCCAGCAGAGGCUCCUGGAUGCUCUGGGGCCCCUGGUGUGGAGGGAUGCGGCACUGAGUGCCUUGAGGUGUCGCUGCUGCUGGUUCAGGGCUUGCUCUCCACGUCAGGCCAGCUCACCCCAUGGCCGCCCUCCCCAGCUCUGGGGACGUCCCCCACUGGCCCCCGGUGCCUUUGUGCUGCCCAGCACUCCUGCCACUCCUCCUGGAGUCAGGGGCUGCUGCCCCUGCCUGUCCUGAACCUCCAGAUCCCCUUUUCCCACCAAAUGCCCAGUUAUACUCAGCUCCCCACUCCACCCAAUGGCACUGACUCUGCAGCUUCGUGUGGCUGGCUCCAAACUGACCCAGGGAAAGGGCCCCAUUUGGAGAAAUGUCAGCUUGGUCCAGCCCAGCCCCAUCCCUCUGGACUCAGGCUUGGCACUGGUGAGUGUGUGUGGUGGGAUGUGCAGAGGGGCAAGACCACAGGGGAAGGAAAUGUGUGUGUGUGUGUGAUAGAGAGAGAGAGAGUCUGGGGCGAGGGGACAGGCAUGGGGUGGGAGGAGAGGCAGGUAUGCGUGAGAGGGAGAGUGGGGGCCCCAGGCAGGGUGGGAGAUGGUGGGCACGGGGUGAGCUCUGUGGGCGCCAGCAGCAGUUCCCACCCCCGUCCCUCUGCUGGAUUUCCCCAUCC